GUAUCCUCCUCACCACCAUCAUCACUCGCUCCACCCAGCAAAUCUUGCUAUUCCAUCCAUCGAUCCUGCAGCUUGCAACUAGGGGUUGCUAGCUCAACAUGGCCCGUGCUUCAGCUGCUCAGCUGGUGGUGGUGGCCAUGGUGGCAACGAUGCUCCUCGCCGCUCCUUACACCGCCGACGCCCUCACCUGUGGUCAGGUGAACUCUGCCUUGGGCCCCUGCCUGGCCUACGCUCGUGGCACCGCCAGCUCCCCGUCCGGGGGCUGCUGCAACGGCGUCAAGUCACUCGCCCGCGCCGCACAGAGCGCCGCCGACAAGCGCACCGCGUGCAACUGCCUCAAGACCGUGGCCAGGAGCAGCGGGGUCAAAGCCGGCAACGCAGCAAGCAUCCCCUCCAAGUGCGGCGUCAGCAUCCCCUACACCAUCAGCACCUCCUUCAACUGCAACAGCAUCCGCUGAUGAGUCGCGAUACCACACUUGCGCCGUCAUUGUGGCCUAGCUCGAUCGAUUGACCUUGUGUUGAGUCGAUCGAGUUGAGGUCACACCACAUAUAUAUACAUAUACUACGUAUAUAUACUGAAUAAAGGAUGCGAGGUCCAUGUGAGAGAGGAGUCGUACGUGUACGUCGACCCAGCUCUCGGUGGACGGUCAUUGCUGUAUCGGUAGUGUUUCCUUGUUCCUUUCGCUCCCCUUGAGGAGACACCAGAGUUUGUACCAUGUGUCUACUGCCAGAGUGUACACGGUUGUGGAUGAUAUAUACUUUUCCGCUCAUUUUGGAAAA